AUGGAAGGCGGUAGUCAAGAGACCGGGGCUCGAGGGCAUACAGUAUUCCUGGACGCGACUGAGGCGCCACACGACGACGCUGUCGGGGCCAGAAUGCCCCGAAGUGCGCAAGAACAUCCGGUCCGACGUGAGACAGAGGUGUCCGGCCGAAGGGAGGAUUUGAAGCUGCUGGUGGACAACAUAAUAUCGGUGGCGGAGCUGUUGGGCCUGGUGGAGGAGGGAGUUGAGGCGGCGGCCACAGAAACACACGUUCUUGCAGACGAGAAGGAUGACGAGAGGAAGCAUGAGGAAGACGGGGGACAGGCGGGGGAGCAGGAUAAUUAUGUAGAGGAGGAACAGGAGGAGGAAGAGGAGGUGGAGGAUAAGGACCAAGAAGAGGGGGAGGAGGAGGACGACGGGGAUGAGGAUGAGGAUGAGGAAGGUGAUUUUCAAGAGGAGGAGGAGUGGGAGGAGGAUGACGAUGAGGAUGAGGAUGAGGAUGUGGAAGAUGAUUUUCAUGAGGAGGAGGACGACGAGGAGGAGCAGGAUCAUAAGAGAAGUAGGAGGAGGAGAAGUAGGAGGAGGAACAGGAACAGAAGGAUUAGGAGUAAGAGGAGAAGGAGGGGGAAGAAGGUCAAAAGCCGACGAUCAGGGGGAGGAGGAGCAGGGGCAGCAGCAGCAGCAGCAGGAGCAGCAGGAGGCCUUACAAAAGGAGCAGAAAGAGAAGGGGGAGGAUCAGGAGCAGAGAGAUUAGGAGGAGGAUGGGGAAGAGUUAAGGGAAGUUGCGGAGCAGGAAGGGGGGGAGCAGGGGCAACAGGAUUUACAAGAAGAGCUGCAGGAGGAAGAGGCAAAGCUGGGAAAGGAGGAGAAGGAAGAGAUGGAGCUGGGGCACGAAGAGCAGGAGCUGAGGAGCAGGAGAAGGAGGAACCAAAGUGGAAGGAGCAAGGUGGCUGGUGCCUGGCGAACGCACGGGAGCUGCAGGUGAAGCAGGAGGAAGAGACGCAGAUGAGUGCAAGCCUACAUCCUUUCCUGUCCUUGCUCGAGGCUCUUCAGACGGAGGUGCAGCCCUUGAAUACACAUGCCAGCCGGGAGGACUCUCAACUCAAACCCAGCAUAUGGCAGAGGCGGCAGCGUCAUCUGCAACAGAGAAGUGCCCUUAUCCAGGGCAUCCGUGGUUUCUGGGCCAAGGCUUUUGUGAACCACCCUCAGAUGUCAGCCCUGAUUAGUAAGCCCGAUGAAAGCAUGCUUCGCCACAUGACCAAUUUGAAGGUGGAGGAACACAAGUUUCCCAGGGAAUGCCGGAAGAUCCUGCUGUUUUUUGGCAAGAACUCCUACUUCCAGAACGAAGUCGUUACGAAGGAGUAUGUCCUAGGCCUUGCUGGGCAUAGGGCGUCUCAUUCCAGUCCCAUCCAGUGGUACCCAAGGUACAGACAGGAGGCCUACAGACGCAGGCAUGACAACAGCAGCCUCAACUUCUUCAACUGGUUCUCUGACCACAGCUUUGCCGGCUCUAGCAGGAUUGCUGAGAUAAUCAUAGAGGAUCUUUGGCCCAAUCCCCUGCCGUAUUUCAAGAUGAAGGAGGCCCCAGGAGAGAGAACUGAGAGGGAAAGACGUGAGCAGCCAAGGGUGUGGGCACUGAAAUAUGUGCCGUGGGGUCCGUGGCACAAUUCUCUUCUGCAUGGAGGCACCGAGACUCACAGUGGCACAGGAGGCUUAAGCCCUGUGUCCAACACGCCAUGUGAGACUUGUGAGAAGACUCCCAAGUGCAAACACCAGCAGGCGCUCAGGGUGGUCGCCUCGUCCCAGGCAGCCUGUGUUCCUUUGCCUGAGUGCCAGGACAAAGGCUGCCGCAGCCACAUAGGGAACGAUGGACUUGUGAGGCCUUAG